CACUAACCUACACGGGGUGGGAGGAUCGAAAACCACAAGAAAGCCCCCUCCCUCAUCAGGGACGAGCAGAUAAAAAGACAGGCUGAGAGCUGACAGAGACAGAGAACCCAAGAGCAGGAUGUGGAAUGAUGACACUCAGUGUGACGUGUUAGACUCACUGCCUUGUCACCAGCCCCUCGUACUUUGGUUCACCAGCAGCUCGUCUUCCACCGGUUCCAGACAGCAGAAGCUCACCUGUGAAUACAAUCUGACGACAAGCAGUCGUACCGUCAUCUGAGUAACCAUCAGCUCUAGCCUCCAGCCAGACAGCUUCAAGGCAUCCUGCUCUAGGUCAGAUUAUUCGUUUAACAACCCUGACAUGGAGAAAGCACCAACCUUCACCUUGCUGCUGUGCUCUGCCAUUCUGCUCUGUGGUGACCGGGCGUGGGGUGGGCCCUGCAUGCAGAGGCACUUGAAGCGCCACAAGAGAGAAUGGGUCGUUCCAGCACAAAAGCUCAAGGAAAACUUUGACUACACCGACAGGAAAUACGUCGCCAUAAUUAGAUCAGAUCUGGCGGAUAGCGGGGAGAAACUGUUCUAUACCCUGACUGGCCGUGGAGCUAGCAAGGAUCCUGUCAAUCUGUUCAUCGUGGGAGAGAAUGACGGCCUGGUCCGCAUUAGAGGGAUUCUAGACCGAGAACGGAUACCCAAAUACACAUUGAAUGGUGUGGCCAGAUUUCAAAAUGGCACAGUGGCGGAGGAAAAAAUUGACUUGAACAUUGAGGUGGUGGAUGAAAACGACAACCCACCUGUAUUUGACAUACAGGCACCGGCCACUGUCAUAGAGUCCAGCCCUCCAGGGACAGUGGUUACCAAGGUAACUGCCACAGACGCUGAUGAGGCCAACUCUCUCCACUCCAAGAUCUCCUACAGCAUCACCAAGCAGGAGCCGACCGAUGGUGCCAUGCUUUUCAGCAUCGACAGGAACACAGGAUUCAUCUCUGUGAAGAACCCAUCGAUUGACAGAGAGAAAUACGAUUCUUACCUUCUGACUGUCAAAGGAACUGAUAUGGAUGGAGCAUCCAGUGGCAACACAGGCACAACACAAGUGAAAAUUCAAGUUGUGGACAUCAACGACAACCUCCCAGUUCUGGAGAAAGAUGAGUACUCUGGGAGCAUUAAUGAGAACACAGUCGACGUGGAGGUCAUGAGGUUCCAGGCCCUGGACUCCGACCUGGAGAAAACAGACAACUGGCUCGCUGAAUUUGAAAUCGUCUCCGGAAACGAAGACCAAAUCUUCGGCAUUCACACCGACCCCAGGACCAACGAGGGGGUGCUCACUCUUAAAAAGCCUGUCGAUUUUGAGUUGCAUCCUAACUUACAGUUAGGGUUGGUGGUUACAAACAGGGCACCUUUCGUUGGUGGGGCUGGGGGUGGUGGGGGCGGGGCUUGGGUUGCAGGUGGAACUGGCGGUGGAACUUGGGGUGGAACUGGGGGUGGCACUGGUGUCUCCAGUGGAGCAGCAGGGAGUAAGCUUGUAAUUGGAGGCGGUAAAAGAUACCCUGUGAAGAUCGCCGUGAAAAACCUUCCUGACGGCCCUGUGUUCAGGCCUGCAGUCAAGCCUUUGUCCAUAUCAGAAAGCCCAGGAGACAGUGUAUCUAAAGUGAUUGCUACGUACAAAGCGGUAGACGGGGACACUGGAAAACCGGCAGAAAAUGUCCAAUAUGCUAAAGGUUUUGACCCCGACAACUGGCUGUCAGUCAACCCGGACACAGCUGAGAUCACACUCAACAAGCAGCCGGAUCGAGAGUCGCCGUUCCUGGUCAAUGGGACAUACUACGCUAAGAUACUCUGCUUGACCAAAGACAUGCCCAUACAGACAGCAACAGGAACCAUCGCUAUACACGUGGAAGACUUAAAUGACAACUGCCCCGUGCUAAUCAGCACGCAGGAAUACCUGUGCUCCGGCACAGAGCGGUUCAACGUCACGGCAGAAGAUCUAGACGCGAAUCCCAACGGAGCCCCUUUGAAAUUCACGCUGGUGUCUGAGGAGAGCAUGGGGGCGUGGAUGGUGGAGGAGAUAUCAGACACCAACACCUCUCUCAGGGCCAUGGAGCCCCUGUGGCCCGGCCUGUAUGACAUCACCCUCAUCAUACAGGACCAGCAGGGGCUGGCCUGCCCCGAACCUCAGCACCUCCUGUUACAAGUGUGCACCUGCUCCUCCUCCAACAACAGGACCUGUGGGGUCAAGGGUGCAGAUGGAGAAAUGGCAGCUUUAAAGGGGUCGUCGUCGUUCGGACUGCCGGCGAUUGGUAUUUUGGUGUUGGCGUUUCUGAUACUGCUGUUGAUGGGCCUUCUGAUGCUGACGUUUCCCUGUGGGGAAGGAGGAACGAUGUUUGUCGACCUCCCAUUCGAGCCCAAACAACACCUGAUAUCCUACCACUUAGAGGGACAAGGGGAAGACAGGGAGGUGCCUCUGAAGUCCACCCCAUGGAUGAUCUCCGCCCCUGCCCCCCAGACCACCCUCAUGGGGCUGAAGUGGGCCAACACCACCAUGGCAGUUCACAACAUGGCUGCCGUGUCCAAAAUGAGUGCCUUCGGAGGCACGCACCUUGACUAUCAGCAGACGGAAAUGGUGGAGAUGGAUUCCAUGGACAUGACCUACUUCCAAGGUAUGGAGGACAGCGUGGACCUACACGAUGCUCUUCCGGAUCAUAUCUUGGACGAUUACUACUCACAGAAGACGACCUGUUUAGCAGAGAACUACUCCCAGAAGGACAGUCUGUUGCUGUUCGACUACGAGGGCCAGGGUUCUCCUGUGGGCUCAGUGGGCUGCUGCAGCCUCCUGGAAUCUGACGACGACCUCCAGUUCCUCAGCGACCUGGGGCCAAAGUUCAGGACCCUGGCUGAGGUCUGCUCAGGUGAGAAGAUCCAGACCGAGUUCAAACCCAUAGUCUCCGCACCUCCGCCCCCUAGGCCUGCCGCCCCCCUCGCAUCAUCCACCACCACAAUAGUGACAGUGGCGUCCAGCACCGUCGCCGCCCCUCCGCCCCCAGCGCCAGUGAAGCACGUGGAGAGGACGGUGGUGAAGAAGUCGGAACGUUCCGGAACCCUGAGGGAGGGCAUGGCAGGUCAGAACCACACCUUCCUGGUGCAGCAGCCUGUUCCUCUGUCUCCCUCUGCUGGUCAGACUAUCCUGGUGCAGCAGCCUGUUCCUCUGUCUCCCCCUGCUGGUCAGACCAUCCUGGUGCAGCAGCCUAUGUACUAUGCCACCACCCCCAUGCUGCAGCCCAUGAACUACGUCGUGGAGCCACAGGUCCACAACACUGUGCUGCUGGCAAAGAGGCCCGCUGCUAACCUGCAGGGUAUGAUAACGGUCAACGGGCCUCCGCCAGGACCCGCUCAGGGCCUGAUGGUGCAGGGGCAGCGGGUGGUGUCUAGCGGGCCUGCCCAGGGUCAGGGGAUGGUGCUGGUGGAGAGGAGUGGAGGUGGGGGGCAAGCUAGGCUGGAGCGAGGGAACUCACAGGGCAUGAUAGUGGUCAACGGGCCAUCUACGGAUGUACUUACUGGACACGUCGAACGCACCAUAAGCGCUGGACACACCGGCAUGCUCUCUCUUCCACCCUCCUCCCUGAAAAGGGGGGAGAGGGUGGUCAUAGUGGGCAAGAGCCAGGGUGUAGGUCCAAACCCGGUGUCUUGUAAUGGUGGACAAGCCACCUUGGCCAAGAUGGAAAGUGUGGUUCUCCCACAAGGAAUGGGAGGAGGAGUAGGAGGAGGGAUGGGAGGGAUGGUGCUGGUGGAGAGGAGUGGAGGUGGGCAGCAAGCUAGGCUGGAGGGAGGGAACUCCAACCUGAUUCACAUGGGCCAUUAUACUGGGUCUCAGAAUAUGAUGGUGGUGGAGGGACAGGUACCCAUGGGGUCAGGGCAAGUCCUGCAGGGGGACCAGAUUGUGCAAGGGGGGCAGGUGCUUCAAGCGGGGCAGGUGCUCCAGGGGCGGCAGGUGCUUCAAGGGGGGCAAAUUCUUCAAGGGGGGCAGGUGCUCCAGGGGAAAGCAAUACUUCAAGGGGGGCAAAUACUUCAAGGGGGGGCAGGUGCUCCAGGGGGGGCAGGAUCUCACAGCAUGCUGCUGAUGGAGGGCCAGGGGGGCAGCGCGGGGCAGGUGGUUCAGGAGGGGCUGUCCGGGCUUGCCCAGGGCUCCCUGCAGAGAAGUGGGCUUUCUGGCACCCAGAGAGUCCAGUACAGUAAGCAUACCAGCAGUGCUAAUGCGGGCUCCAGUGCAGGCUCACACAGCGGCACGCUGGGGUUUAAAGGCUCCUCAAGUUCAAUCAGCACCACGCCCGCCUCCCAUAAGGUUGUAUUUUAA